UAGGGAAAUAAGAGCGAGCAUGGUGGAAGAAGAGUCUGCUCUACCUUGAAGUGAGUAUGUCUCUCAGGGAUCCACCAUAUGAGCCUCCAUCUGUGUCCCAGCUGCUGGAGUUUCUGCUUGCAGAUAGACAACCGACUGGACACGCCAAUCAAGUGUGGCCAAACGUUUACAUCGGCAAUGAGGUGGCUGCUCGGGACAAGGGCAUGCUCCACAGCCUGGGCAUAACUCACAUUGUCAAUGCUGCUCAUGGACCCUCUAAUCCCGUCCCUGGCCCCUGUUUCCACGUCAAGACUGGCCCACGUUUCUACAGAGACAUGAAAGUGGAUUAUUAUGGAGUGGAGGCUGAUGAUGCAAUAGGGUUCAUACUUAGCCCUUUCUUCUACCCAACAGCACGAUACAUCAGAGCUGCACUGGCCAUGGGAGGACGGGUGUUUGUCCACUGUCUGAUGGGUGUUAGCCGUUCUGCCACAUUGGUGCUGGCUUUCCUGAUGAUUGUUGAGGGCCUGAGGCUGCAGGAGGCAGUGGCUGCUGUCAGACCACACAGAGACAUCUGUCCUAACCCUGGCUUCUUGCAACAGCUCCGCAGCCUGGACAUGGGCCUGGAGAGGAGGAGACGAAGGCAGGCCCCAACACUGUAACA